UUCUCUAUAAUUAUGAUUUUGUAAACGUUUAUUCGAUUAGCUAAGAAAACUGUUUGUAUGUGUACAUAAGCACAUGCAUACAGAAUGCUGAUGGAAUUUCGUGUGAUGCAUGAAAAGCGUGAGAGAUAUAUUACUCAUAUAAUUACUCAAUAAGAAAUUACUCAUGCACGGUGUGAUUUUGAAAAAUUUAAAAUGGUUUUACACCAGGAAACCGUUGAUAUAUAGUCAAACAGAAUUGAAAUCCAUUUGUAUAAAUUCAAUUGCAACAAGAAGCAUCUCACAGAUUGCUAUGGUAGAUGAAGAAAAAGACUCUGAAGUCGAAAUUAUGCAGUCAGAGCUGCAUACGUUGUCUUGGCUAUACAAAGCUGCUCCAUGCUUCCCUAUAAAUGGAUCGAAGAUUAAGAUUAUUCAUGAACCCAGCAUGUUUUAUUCUACUCUUAUAGAAAAAUGUAAAAAUGCAAGGAGAAGAAUAACAUUUGCAUCCCUGUAUUUAGGCACUGGAAAAUUAGAAAUUAAUUUAGUAAAAGCUAUAGAUCAGGCUUUGAGUACAAGUAAUGGUAAUGUUGAAGUUAAAAUUUUGUUGGAUUUUAUGAGAGGUUCCAGAGGUAAAUUGAACUCGCGUAAAAUGUUAGAACCGUUACUUAAAGGGAAAUAUGGUAAUUGCUACCAGAUUUUUCUGUACCAUACUCCAAAACUUCGAGGAUUAUUAAAGAUGAUGAUACCAGAUCGUUUCAAUGAAUUAGUAGGACUACAGCAUAUGAAGUUAUACUUAAUAGAUAACGACAUAAUAAUUAGUGGAGCUAAUCUUAGCAAUGAUUAUUUUAUGAACCGACAAGACCGUUACUUUCUAAUCGAAGAUUGCAAAGAGCUUUGUGAUUUUUACAAUGAAUUAGUCGAAAGAGUAGGAGAAUUUAGCUUUCUGCUCCAACCAGAUGGAACUGUAGUAUUAAAUUCUACCGCAAACGUUCAUCCGUUUAAAGAUUCUUCGAAAAAAUUCAUCGAAAGUGCCGCGCAUAGCGUGAAAACUUUUAUGCAAAGGGAAAUAGAACGCUCUAAUUUUGAAAAAAUAGGAAAAGAUUCAAAUACGGAUACUUGGAUCUUCCCUUUGAUACAAAUGGGUCAACUAAACGUUCAUCAUGAUAGCGAAAUAACAUUGAAACUUUUACGAACGGCACCACCAGGUACAACACUUAGAUUAGCAACUGGUUAUUUUAAUUUAACUUCAGAAUACAGCAAUGCAUUACUUAGCGACUGCAAAGGAAUAUGUCAUCUCCUAACAGCGCAUCCAACUGCCACUGGCUUCUUUUCUGCAAAGGGUGUUGCUGGUGGAAUUCCAGCAGCGUAUACGAUAAUAGAGAAAUCGUUUGUCAAACUCUGUGACGUCAUGGGACAACAAAAAAGAGUGACUUUAUGGGAAUUUAUUAAAUCAGGAUGGACGUACCACGCGAAAGGAUUAUGGUAUUCUUUACCAGGGCAAGAGAAACCUUGUCUGACACUUAUUGGAUCACCUAAUUUUGGUUAUCGAUCAGUCAGCAAGGAUUUAGAAACUCAAAUUGCUGUGUUGACGAAAAACCAGAAGUUACAGAAUGAAUUACAAAAAGAACACGAACGAUUAUUUUUGUGCGCGAAGCCAGUAACAAACAGAACAUUUAACGAACAAGAUAGAAUUCCACCGAGAUGGGUAUGCGGCAUAGUUUUGCUGUUUCGAUAUUAUUUUUAAAUAAUAUGGGAUAGAUGAAUUAAAAAAAUUAUCCCUUGUACAAAAUAAAAACGUAAAUAAGAAUGAUCGAUCGAGGUUUUAAUUUAUAGUUUCUUCAGUCAUCGUGUAGCGUUUAAAAUUAGCUAAAAAAAUGUGUGUGUCUUUUCCUGUUAAUAAAUAUGUUCGACUCUAUAAAGCUAGCUAUAUGGGUUCAAUAAAUAAAAAGUACAGUGAAUGUGGUUAUACUGAUAAUAAUUAUUUGUUGAUUGACAUACUAUCCUGUAUGGAACGUGAUAAAACUUUAUGGUACUAUGAUUGCGACGUUUUACACGAAACGUCGAAACAGUGGAAGCAAUUCCAAUUAGAGUGCAGAAAUAAUACAAAAGAAACUGUUCAUAACCACUUAAAUUAGUCAUUGUUUGCUAUUGAAAGUCACAAUUAAUGUGACUCUGGAAGAUAAUUGUUUCAAUGACACUUUGCACAAAUGAUUGAAUCGGUUUUGCACUAGAGAUUUCCAAGAAUGGCAGACAGGAAAACUUCUCCCACAACUUUUUAUUUAUUUGUCGUCCAGAAUGAACGUUUCUUCUUUGACGAAAAAUUCAAUUACUUCCUCCUCUACGUUCUUCGAAU